AUGGAAUCCUGGAAGUCAAAGUCACUGGAGCACAUCAAUAUACAGUUCCGAAGUAUAAUGGAGGGAAUGGGAAUAGACGAAGAGAAGCAGCAUAAGCUGGCGGCAAAACUGAAUCUAUCGAAGAAGAUCAGGACCAUCACAUCGAUGCAAAGCCUAGACGAAAGAAAGAAGAAGAUUAAGGAGUAUGUGAUCAAGCUGAAGGAUAGGAAUAGCGUACUUAACCUUUUGAGCUUGUCGGUUUCGCUUGAAACCGGGCCCAAGGUCCUGUAUGAUAUUUUCAAUUCCGAGGGAGGACAUGAUGUGCUUGUGAGGUGUAUGAGGAGAAUGGAUGAGGAGUUUGGAGAUGUGGUCUGUGAUGCCCUGUACAUUGUUCUAUCCAAAUACGGGAACCGCUUUCCGCCAUUCCUCAGGCCUCUACUUGAUGGAUUUCUUGGGGGGAAGAUCCAUGAAACAAGAUCUUUUUUCAAGAUCCUCGAGUUUCUAGUCAACGAGAACAAGGCUGACGAGCUGUUUUUCAGUACGGAUUUCAACAAAUGUGUUUGUAACACCUAUCUGUCCAGGAUUAUGGAAUUCAUCAAGGGCAUUCCGACGAUUGAAGAGGAGUUGAACUUUUUGGUUCCUCUUCUCAAAUCCCCAAAGGCUGUACAUGUCCGAUACAUUUUGUUUGUGUCGGACCUUUCACAGCUUGAGCAGAGGGUAAGCAACAAGGAAGUCUUUGAAACCAUAAUAAAGGAGAUCAAACCUGGGGUCAGGCAGGAUUGGAAGAGGGGCAGAAUUAAUGAGGUGGUGAGGCUAGCAGAGAUGGAGGGGGUGCUUGAUAUUGCAUGCUGUGUUUUUGAAGCAUUUGCAUUUCGAGACAGCAAGGUAUUUGCAGAUGUCGAGAAAGCUGUGGAAAAGAUGAGCAUUCUGGAAGGGGUUGAAGGAGAAAAGAAGGAACUUCCAAAGGUUGAGAAGAAGGAAGAAGUAGUUAGAAAGCCAGAGGCUGGGAAGACAAAGGGGCCAAAAAAGAUAAUCAAGAAAGCGGUUAAGAGUGGAGGGCCAACAAAAAGAUAUGUUCAGGUGAAGUGGACGAAGAUGGGAAAGGGAAAUAGCCUAUGGAGCAAGAUAAAUAUAGAGGAGAUGGAAAAGACAUUUGGGACCGAGGAGUUUGAUGGAUUUGAAGUGAAAGGGGAAAAGCCAAAGAUAUCCCAUGGGGAAGCAGAGAAAAGAAGGCCAAGUGUAUUUUCCGAGAAGAAGAACUAUGCGAUUAACAUUGCUCUUGGAAGGGUGAAGGAAAGCAAUCGAGAUCUGAAGCGGGCAAUACUAGAUAUGAGGGAGGGACUUAAUGAAAAUCUGGUGAAGCAGCUUCUUUUUUACUUUCCGACGGAUGAAGAGAUCGAGCUGUUACAAAACACCGAGAAUGUAUUUGGAAGGGGAGAGGAGUUUUUCAAAGAAAGUAUUGAGGAGAUAGAGCUUAUGAAGAGGUGCCUUUAUUACCUUUACUUUAUGAUAUCAUUUAGAAAUCAGAAUGUAUGCAAGACUCUUAGGAUUCUGGAGAGGUAUUACACAGUACUUCUAGAAAGUAAGGAGUUCCGACGAUUUCUAGGGAUUACUCUAGUUGCGGGGAACCAUCUGAACAGGGGGAGCUUCUUGGGAAAUGCCGAGGGGUUUACUAUGGAAUCUAUUCCAAAGAUAUUGGAAGUGAAGAAUGAUGGAGAAAGCCUGCUAAGCCUGCUGAAAAGAAAGAUCGAUGGCGAGCAACUGCUCAAGGAUCUGAGUGUGGUAUAUGAUGCAAGCGGAGUCAACUUCGAGGCGUUAUGCAUGGAAGUUGAGGAGCUCAAGAAGAACUACAUCAAUGCAAGCGGAUCCACCUUUCUUAAGAUACAGGAAAGGAUGGAGAGUAUACAGGAAGAGUACGAGAAGAUAUGCUCUCUCCACGAUAAGGUUGGAAAGCUCCAUCGGGAUUGCAAGGAGUACUUUGGGGAGAAGGUUGAUGACGAGUUCAAUAGCUGGAUUAUACUUCUUUUGGACAGGAUGUCUCAUGACAUGAAAAAGAAGUAG